GUCUUUCAUAAUUUCCAUGCCUCCAAGAUUCGUUUCUCUACUCAAUUCAUUCCUUUGAUUAACAAUAAUAGCCACCCACCCACCCACCAAAAUAAAAAGUCCAACUCUCAUUCUCUUCCCUCCCCCUCCCUUAAAAGACCCUUUUGCUUCUCAUAUCUCUCCAUUCAUUUUCCUCUCUUCUUUCCUCCUUUCUUUCUUUCUUGCUUUCAAGAACUUAAAAAUCUUUUGUUCCCUUAUAUAUAUCUAAAUGGGUUGUCUUGAUGAUGGGUGCAACACUGGCCUUGUUCUAGGUUUAGGUUUCACAACGGCAACCAUAUCAAACCCAGACAGCACUAUCAACAAUCAAAACAACCAAAAGCCCAAGACUAAACCAUGUCUUAAGUUUGACCAAAUGGUGGGAACGGCAAGUUUUGAGCCUUCACUUAGUUUGGGUCUCUCAGCUCAUCAUAUCGGUUCUAGUAAUAACAAGAUGAAGAUAGAUGUUAUCAAGAAAGCUACUUGCCAUGAGGAUUCCGUUGAUUUGUUUCGUCAAGCUUCUCCUCAUAGUUGCAGUGCUGUUUCUUCUUUCUCUAGCGGUAGGGUUAAGAGAGAAAGAGAUUUUAGCAGUGAAGAAAUUGAUGUAGAAAGAGUUUCUUCAAGAAUUAGUGAUGAAGAUGAAGAUGGUACUAAUACAAGAAAGAAACUUAGGCUUACUAAAGAACAAUCUGCUCUUUUAGAAGAAAGUUUCAAGCAACACAGCACGCUUAAUCCUAAGCAAAAGCAAGCUCUAGCAAGGCAGUUAAAUCUACGGCCCAGACAAGUUGAAGUAUGGUUCCAAAACAGGAGAGCCAGGACAAAGCUGAAGCAAACUGAAGUGGACUGUGAGUUCUUGAAGAAGUGUUGUGAAACACUAACAGAUGAAAAUAGAAGGCUACAAAAGGAGCUUCAAGAACUGAAAGCAUUGAAAUUGGCACAGCCCUUUUACAUGCAUAUGCCAGCAGCAACUCUAACCAUGUGCCCAUCCUGUGAAAGAAUUGGUGGCGUUGGUGAUGCUGCUUCAAAGAAUAAUCCAUUUUCAAUGGCUCCAAAGCCCCAUCACUUCUAUAAUCCCUUCACCAAUCCUUCUGCAGCAUGUUAAGGUGCCAGCAUAAACAUUAGGAGAGAUACAAAGAAGAGAAGAAAAGAAAAAAUAGAGUAUAGAAUCCCACAAUCCCUCUAGUUUUUGGUUAAGGGCUUGUACUCAAAGUUUAGUGUAAUUAAUUAUUUUGUAGAAAAUAUUAACUAGCGAUGAUCAAUCUCUUUUUUUCCUUUUUUCCUUUUUUUUUUUAAUAUAAGUUUGUAUAUUUUUCAGCAAAUAUAUGCAUGAAGGGAGGACUAUUAUUUAAUCA